AGUCCCGGGCUGCAGCUGCCUUCUCGAGGCUCCUGGUCCCCAAGCACCAGCUACGACCAUGAACGGCGAGGAGCAGUACUACGCAGCCACGCACCUUUACAAGGACCCAUGCGCGUUCCAAAGGGGCCCAGUGCCGGAGUUCAGCCCCAGUCCCCCAGCAUGCCUGUACAUGAGCCGUCAACCCCCACCGCCGCCGCCCUCCCAGUUCCCCGGCUCCCUGGGAGCACUGGAGCAGGGAAGUCCCCCGGACAUCUCCCCGUACGAGGUGCCCCCCCUUGCGGAAGACCCGGCCGUGGCGCACCUCCACCACCACAUCCCUGCCCAGCUCGCGCUCCCCCACCCGCCCGCUGGGCCCUACCCGGAUGGAACGGAGCCGGGGACCCUGGAGGAGCCCAGUCGAGUUCAGCUACCUUUCCCAUGGAUGAAGUCCACUAAAGCUCACGCGUGGAAAGGCCAGUGGGCAGGCGGUGCUUACGCGGCGGAGCCGGAGGAAAACAAGCGAACGCGCACCGCCUACACGCGCGCGCAGCUGCUGGAGCUGGAGAAGGAGUUCCUAUUCAACAAAUAUAUCUCGCGGCCGCGCCGGGUGGAGUUGGCGGUAAUGCUGAACUUGACCGAGAGACACAUCAAGAUCUGGUUCCAAAACCGCCGCAUGAAGUGGAAAAAGGAGGAAGACAAGAAGCGCGGCAGCGGGACUGCGACCGCGGGUGGCGGGGGCGCGGAGCCUGAGCAGGACUGCGCUGUGACCUCGGGCGAGGAGCUUCUGGCGCUGCCACCUCCGCCACCUCCCGGGGGAGCGGUGCCACCCGCUGCCCCUUCUGUCGCCCGAGAGGGACGCCUGCCGCCCGGUCUUAGCGCAUCGCCGCAGCCCUCCAGCGUCGCGCCUCGGCGGCCGCAGGAACCCCGGUGAGAGGCUAGGGCUGCUCCCUACCCGGCGGCUUCGACCACUCGCAGAACAGGGGGGAGGGGAGCGGGCCUAGGA